AGCCUUAAGAGUUAAGAAUCUUCUUCUUCUUCCGUCUGCAUCUCUCUGAUUCUAGAGAACGCUUCGGCGACGAGAAGAUCUAAUACACAAUGGCGUCUGGGAUCGUCGGAGGAGGCGGAUCCUUAUCGGAGGUAUACAGCAGCGCGAAAAAGAUUCUACUCAGAGCUCGCGACGGGAUCGAGAGGCUGGAGAGGUUCGAAUCAGCUUCUCUCAUGGAUUCUUCCGAUCUCACCUCCUCCGUGAAACGCGACAUCACCGAGGUACAAUCUCUCUGCGCCACCAUGGAUGCUCUCUGGCGCUCAAUCUCCGUCAAAUCCCAACGCGAUCUCUGGCGAAGGAAGACUGAACAAGUUGGGGAAGAGGCUGAGUAUUUGAACAAGAGUCUGGAGAAGUACACGUGGAGGAGUCAGAGGAAGGUGAUGGAAGCUAAAGAGAGGGCGGAUUUGUUGAACAGAGGGAGCGGAGAAGGAGCGCACAUCUUGCAGAUAUUCGAUGACGAGGCUCAGGCGAUGAGCUCUGUCAAGAACUCGAAGAGAUUGCUGGAAGACUCCUUCUCUAGUGGAGUUGCUAUCCUUGCCAAGUAUGCUGAACAAAGGGAUCGUCUGAAGAGGGCACAGCGUAAAGCUUUGGAUGUUCUGAACACGGUGGGGCUCUCCAACUCUGUGCUCAGGCUCAUUGAGAGGCGCAAUCGCGUUGACACCUGGAUCAAGUACGCCGGUAUGAUCGCUACGAUUGUCGUAUUGUAUCUGUUCAUAAAAUGGACUCGCUGAAUCUCUUUAAGGAUAAUUGGAAACGACUUUAGUUACACUGAAUUGUAUGUAGAGAGUUAUGGGUAAAGGAUGCACUUUUGUUUUGCUUAUGACUCUUACAAGACUUCUCCCCCGCAUCUUAUAUAGUUGUUCAUCAAAAGUUUGAGUUUGUCAAAA